GAAAAUAUAUUUACAUUCAAAUUUUAUUUUUAAUUUAAAUGUUGCGCGCCUUUUCGAUAUGUGGUUAGAAAUAAUUGUUGUGGUCACACUCAAGCUGAUGCUGAUUUCAGCCCUGAUUACUUUAAAACAUCUGUUCGGGCGUGCUAAUUAAAUCGAAAGCCGUGGACGCUGCUAUUGCAACUAAAUUUUUGUGGGUCCCUUUUAAUAUAAGUCAACUGAAAACUAUGGAAGACGUUCCAGUGACCAAUGAGCCAAACUCAAUCGAAUCGGUAAAUGAGACAGAGAAACCGCAGCAGCAUCAUACGCCCGAGUUUUUGCAGCGCAAAAUCUAUUUCCUAAUGGAUCAGCUUAAAGAAAUGCAUGCCGAGCUCCCAGAAACCUUGCAGACACGCAUAUCCUAUGAUCUGCUCACGGAACUGGCUAAUUGUGUAUUAAACGAAAGCAUAUUCGAUAUAGUCAAGGCGCUAAUGGAACUGCAGCAUGUUACAGAGAAGCAUCUGAUACAGAUGCGGGCGCAAGUGGAAAAUGAAUAUGAAAUUGAGGUGGCGGAUUGGCGUGGCAAGAUCAAGGAUCCGGAGGAGCUUCAGCACAUACUAGGUCUUAUGAAAAUCAAGCACACCAAGAAAUUGUUGGAAACAGAUAAGAAAAUAAUCGAAGUGCUGGAUCAGAAGGUUUAUGACCAACAAUCGAUGCUGCAAAAGGCUGGCGUACCUGGUUUUUAUAACACACAGAAUCCCAAGGAAAUCAAAAUACAAAUGUUCCUGCUAGAUUUCAUUUUACGUCUGAGCCGACUUAAAUACGAGCCGAACAAGUAACAAACAGCUUGAGCUUUAUUAAACACAAGACUGCAGCCUAUUCCAUAAAAUGGCAUUGUUAUUUAUGGUAAAAAUAUGUACAUAUAUAAAUGAAAUUACUCGUAGUAAAUAAUUUUAAAGCACUGUAAAA